GCAAGAACGUAAGCAAUCGCAAGUACAUUCUUCAGAUACUUGUUGUCACGCCGAGUUUCUUUUUCUCUCUUCUCCGCUGCGUGUGGACACAGGGCGAGUUUCCUUUCUUCUGCUAAACUUGUCGGUGCCGUCAUGGCGUCCUCAAGCGGUCUGCAGUCCUCCUAUCUGAAGCUGGACAGUGUGGAAGGCAUCUACAACACUCCGGUUGGCGACUACAUUCCACGCGAUUUGAACGGCAACAAACAAGAGAGCGAAAAUCAGUCGCUCUGCCCCUCCUUCUCUUUUCGAGAGCGUCUUAUUGGCUUCGCGGCGUGCAUGGCAGCCAGCGUGCUCUGCUCCGUCAUCGCGUGGGUGAUGGUCUUUAAGGGAGACCUCAACACCUUUGCUGUGAUCAACACGGUGGCGAACAUCUUUUCCGUUGGCAGCACUUUCUUCCUUUGUGGCCCGCUGCGCCAGUUGAAGAGCAUGUUCAAGUCGUAUCGCUGGGCGGCGACGCUGGCUUUUGUGGCGUGUAUGGUGCUCACGUUCGUCUUUGCGCUGGCCGUCAAGGUGCCGGCGUUGACCAUCCUCACGGUGCUGCUGCAGUACCUGGCGAUGACGUGGUACACACUAAGCUACAUCCCCUUCGCGCGCGACGCCGUUCUCGCCUGCUUGAGGAUGAAGUAG